ACCCCGUUGGAUUGCAGCAAAUUUAACGUUUCUUAAUUUGCUUUAUUGCACGGUUACCCCUUGUAGAUGAGAACAGCAUUUUGCAGAAUGAUAUCCCCGAAUUUCUCUGCCCGCUUAUUCAUAUUGUGCAUCCCCCUCCAUCCACCCGCCCGCCCACCCCGCUUGCUUCGCGUCAGCUCCGCUUGCCUUUUGCCGCAAAGGCUGCUGAGACCCGCAUAAGGCUGCAGGCGGAGGGAAGGCGCGCAGCGGCCGCGGCCAGCAUUUCAGAGCCAUGGAAAAACUGCUGAAAUCCGAACUGAAAACCACCGUGCUGAAGGCAUUUGGGAGCUCGGGAGGAGGGUGCAUAAGCCAAGGGCAGAGCUAUGAAACCGACCACGGGCGAGUGUUCGUUAAAAUCAACAACAAGCCUCAGGCUAGGACAAUGUUUGAGGGUGAAAUGGCAAGCUUAAUAGCUAUUCAGCAAACCAACACUCUGCGGGUUCCCCAGCCCAUUAAAGUGAUCGAUCUUCCAGGAGGUGGAGCAGCAUUUGCCAUGGAGUACCUAAAAAUGAAGAGUCUCGGCAAAUAUUCUGCAAAACUGGGAGAGCAAGUAGCAGAUCUUCACCUUUACAACCAAAAACUUGGAGAAAAAAUAAAGAAAGAAGAAAACACAGUUGGGAAAGGUGCAGGCCAGACAGAACCUCAUCAUGUGGAUAAGUUUGGAUUCCACAUUAUUACCUGCUGUGGCUAUAUAGCUCAGGUGAAUGAAUGGCAAAGUGACUGGCCCACUUUCUUCAUACGUCACCGUCUCCAAUCCCAAAUGGAUUUGAUUGAGAGAGAUUACGGAGACAGAGAAGCAAGGGAACUGUGGUCUCGGUUAAAGCCAAAGAUUCCGGAGAUGUUUUGUGACCUGGAGAUAAUUCCUGCCCUCCUACAUGGGGACCUGUGGGCAGGAAAUGUAGCUGAAGAUGACUCCGGUCCAAUUCUUUUUGACCCUGCUUGUUUCUACGGUCAUUCAGAAUUUGAACUUGCAAUUUCUAUGAUGUUUGGUGGCUUUAGCAGUUCUUUCUUCUCUGCUUAUCACAGCAAAAUCCCCAAAGCUCCAGGCUUUGAAAAGCGCAACAAACUUUACCAGCUAUUUAACUAUAUUAACCACUGGAACCAUUUUGGGACAGGAUACCGGGGCCCCACUCUUAAUGUUAUGCGAAAGCUUUUAAAGUAACCCUCAAACAUGGUCAU